UUCAGUCAGAAAAGUAUCGGGAAUGGAUUAUUUAUUUAUGGUUCCAAAUUCAAAUUUUUGUUUUUUUUGUUGUUGUUAGAUUGGCACAACUGUUUUCCAUUUUGGCGCGGAGUUUGAGUUGCAUCUGUUGUUUACAUUAAAUACAGUGCUAUUUUUAGUUAUAUCAUAUCUAGUGUGUAUUGCUAAUUUCAUAAUGGAUAAAAACAUCGAACAAAGAGUUUGUCUUAAAUUUUGCAUUGCCAAUGGAAUAUCGUGUUCGGAGUCACUGAAAAUGUUACAGAAGGCUUACGGUGAAUCGACUUUAUCAAAAACUCGUGCUUAUGAGUGGUACAAAGCGUUCAAAAGCGGUCGAGAUGUGAUGGAAGAUUUGCCUCGCUCUGGUAGGCCAUCAACAUCUGCAACUGAAGUUAACAUCGCAAAAGUGAAGGAAAUAGUGACUGAAAAUCCUCAUUCAACUUUGAGAGAGAUAGCCACCGAACUUUCUGUAUCUCACGAGUCGAUCCGUACCAUUUUAACUAAUAAUUUGGGUAUGAAACAUGUUGCCGCUCGGCUAGUCCCAAAAGACCUGAAUUUUUUUCAAAAACUCAAUCGCAUGAGAGUCGCUGAGGACAUGCUAGAACGAGUCAAUUCCGACCCAACAUUCAUGAAACGCAUUGUUACUGGUGACGAGACGUGGGUUUACGAGUUUGACAUGCAAACUAGUCAACAAGCUUCGGAGUGGCGCCUUCCAACUGAACCGAAACCGAAAAAACCACGCCAAAGUCGUUCAAAAGUCAAAGUCAUGUUGACUGUUUUCUUUGACUAUCGCGGUGUUGUGCACUCGGAAUUCUUGCCGGAAGAAGGAGCAUAUUUUGAAGGUGAUAAAAUAAAUUUGGAUGAAUAACAAACAGUUUGUGUAUUAUUGAUCUUUUCCUGCUACUUUCUUGACAGA